AUGUCAUUGCAUGGGACUCUCUCUGGCACUGAAGCACAUCUCGGGAUGAAAAUCCCAUGAGUCGGCCAAAGAAGAAGAAGGCGAAGCCGAGCAGCCCGUUGGAGGACGCCGCACAGGACUCUGCUGGGAAGACGUAUGAGAGCAAAGAAUCCUUCACGCCUGAAAGACGAAAAAGGAAAAAGAAGAAGCUGCCGGAUGCUGAAACCUCCUUCACCAACCAGAUCCUCGGUAGUGUAUCGGUAAUACAGAACGGCAGCGGCACAGACUACCAGCACCUAGAGGAGGGGAGCGCUCGCAAGCCGCGCAGGAGAGCAAAGAAGCUGCGGCCCGCCGAGCAGGGAUUCCCCAACGACCUAGGCCUAGAGGAAGAAGAUAUCCUUCCUGAUGGACAGAUGAAGAGCCCGGAACCGCACCCUUCUUUCAUUGUGCCCUCGCUAACCAGCCAGCCUGUGGGCAAGCCUUUUGUGGAGAGGAACAGAAAAUUUCAAGCUGCCGAUCGCAGUGUCAUCAGAACAGCGGAACAUGUGGAAGAUUUCAUGGAUGUGAAGCCAGCAUGGAGCAGUAUGGAAGUGUCGCUCAGUGUUCAUCGUGCCUUUAGGAUGAUUGGCCUGUUCUGCAGCGGUUUCCUGGCUGGAUACACCGUGUGGAAUAUUGUGGUCAUUUAUCUGCUGGCUGGUACCCAGCUCACUACUCUGCCUAACCUGCUGGACAUUUACAAAGAGUUGGCGUACCCCUCCCAGUGCUUGUUGUAUCUCCUGCUGGCUCUCAGCGCAGUGUCUGCGUAUGACAGGACUGACCUGGCCAGUGUGUCGCAUGCAUUUCGUGGUCUUGUUGCAUUGGACCCAGCGGCUGUGGCAUCAUUCUUGUACUUUGUCGCCCUCUUUCUGGCACUGAGCCAGCAAAUGACAAGUGACCGGAUAAACUUCUACACCCCUCCCACACAGAACGGCAGCCUAUGGCAAGAAGGCACAGAGAGUCAGAUCCUGCAGCCGUGGAUUGUGGUGAAUCUGGUUGUAACCCUUCUGGUCGGCAUUGCCUGGCUAUUCCUGUCCUACCGGCCAGACCUAGAUCACAGUGAAGACUCCAUGUUCAUCCCGGAGGAGGAAGAUUUCCCCGAUACGGAGAAAGGAAUAAAAAUCCAGGCGUGACCCGUUUCCUGCCCGCUACAUGAUGCCUUUGCUGUUUUAUACUGCUUUGUAUACUGGCUUUAUAUUUUUAUACACCUUUUAUAUGCGGUUUGUAUUGAUAUCAUUGUGUAAGGAAUAAUUUAUUUUUGAUAAUUGUACAGUAAGUGAGAACGUGUUUCUGUGAUGAAUGUGGAAUACGGUGUAGGUAGUGAAUCAAGUGCUAAUUGCCAAUCUCUAGAAUGUUUCCAGCAUCAGAACUGUAUUUAGCAUGUGACGGAGACUCCAGCAGCUGUAAGAAAUCGCCUGGUGCCCUAUUUCCGUUGUACAGUUACAGGAACCCAUUCCACCUUAUUACGCUUUCAUCAGCCGAUUCCAGGGGGGGACUGGCUGUAGAGCUCACCAGGAAGAUCCCCGGUUGCCCGAUGUACCUGCGGGGCCUGUUUUGUGUGUUGUCAUGUGUCCUCCCCCCCCCCCACGACAGGCAGCCAUUCCCCUGCAAGGCUAACCCCCAUCCCCUUCCCCCUGCUGUCAAUCAUAGUGUGAUUCAGGGAUGCGAUCGCACUGUGACUGGGCGUAUGUGCUGUGCGGCAGUAGUGCAUGCGCAGUGUACAGAAAAACGCUCUUUUACAAUUUUCGGUACUCUGUUUACCGAGUAAAAUAAUCCCCUCAGUACACUGCAUUGUCCCCAUCCAUUCUGUUAUUCCCUCCGGUGAUGCUGCCAUGGCGACACUGUGUGUUACCCCUCUUGUGCCGCACAUGUCGGGUCACUCAUUUCCCAAUCCGCCCCUGGUCUCAGACACAAGGAAGGCAGCAAUUGUGUACAAUCAGGCCCUAUGAGGAGAGAUCCCGCCCCCUCAUCAGACCCCACCCCCAUUAGGGCUGCUUCCAUACAUUUCCUAGGCUAGUUUUCCAUCCCUAUCUGCCCCUGGCAGAGUCCCAGUGAAGCAAUGGUGUGAUUGGCUGAUACGUCUUGGUACGUGGUAUUAAGUCGCCACUAAUUCCUAAUACAGACCUGUAUUUCCUAUGCGGACGUUAGUAAAUGAGGCCACGUUUGGUGCGUGAUUUGUUGCCAAUCAUGUGUUACUAAUGAGGGUAUUUCCCGAGAUAAUGUAAGAUUCCCCAAUACCAGCACCAACAUGUUUCAUCCCUCCCAAAGUGUUCACAAGCUCCGUUACAUAAAUAUAUGUAUAUGGGGUCCCCGUCCCCCCAAACUACAAACCAUGUAGAAGCCAUAAUGGGGAAUGGUGAAAUGAAGACUCGGCUUGUAUGGAAAAGAUCAUUGGUUUCUCUCUGUCCUGUUUUUGCACCAUGUUUAAUAAAUGUAAUUGCUUGUCCAUCCCGA